AUGAUGAUCCCCGAGUGCCUCCCGCGGGGAACGUCCCUCACGUCCGCCGCCUCUGCCACUGCCGCUGCGCCGCCCACUGUCUACCGCCUGAGCCUCAAGCCCGCGUCGCCCGCGUCCCGCGCGUCCCUGUCCACGUCGCCCUCUGCGACGGCCGUCACGUACGUGUCGAGUCGCUGGCCCGCGUCCCAGUCGAGCGCAGGCGCUACAGACCGCCGCCGUCGCCUCCAUCCGACGCGUCGCCACAAGAGCUAUUCCGAGUCGGCGCUGCGUCUCGAGCGCAUGAUGCAGCCGACGGCGACGGCAGCGGUCGCUGCUGCUUCGGCGUCCAGUAGCGCAAUGCGCACGCGGCCGUACUCGGCCGGCGACGAGCGCGACCUCGUGCGCACGCUGACGAUCUCGGGCUUCUCGAAGAACAGCCACGGCACGUGGAUCUUCAAGGUGGACGUGGGCGGCCCGAGCGACGCCAGCGCCUACGUCGUGCGGCGCCGCUUUACGGACUUUAAGCUGCUGCACGACGGGCUCUCGACGCUCGCGCAGCUGCCAAAGCUGCCGGCACACGGACUCGUGUCGGUGUUCCAGAUGGUCGUCGCCCCCGAGAAGCUGCUGGCGGCCCGCGCGGCGCAGCUCGAGGCGCUGCUGCUGGUGAUUCAGGCGCACCCGACGCUGUCGAAGAGCGCUGUGUUCAGCUCGUUCAUUGGCAAGAACCCGAGCAGCUGCGACGCGGGGUACGUGAGCCUGUCGAGCUACGAAGUGCCUGCGACGCAGCGCAUGCGGACGACGCAGUCGUUCGAUACGAGUUACUCCGUGUGA